CCUGGAUACUGUGUAAAUACUAUUUCUAUUAGCUUAGUUUAUUCAAUAAUAUGAUAAAUCUAGAUACAACUAAACUAUGUUAAAUAAGGCACCGUUGAUACCACAUGUUUCUGAAAUGCUGCUCAUGUAAAUACAGUCCAAGACCUUGGUAAACAACAAGUAUGGAGAAAAAAAAUGAUGAAUCAACAAUGGUCAUCAGCGCCGUACAGAUGGUUGGAAAGCUUCGACACAGGCGGAAAAAGAAAAAACACAAGUUGUCAGCCUUCGAGCGCAGAUAUACGGCACUGGGGCCAAAACUGACGCCCGAACAGAAGAGAAUAGACUAUGUUCUUGUCCAUAAAAGGGAGAAUGAGGAGAAGAAAGAGGACAUGAGGGAAAGGUUUGAGGCAGCUCUGAGUCGAGAGGGUUUCUCCAUCAAGGAGGAGUGCAUUAAGGGUACCAUGUAUAAACUGCUGCACUGUCCAUUCAAACGUUUGUGCAAGGAGGCAGAGCUGAUCAAGUUGGAAAUGCCGUUGAAAGGGAAAGAAGCAUUACCAAGCAUGCGUACAAACCGUCUCACAGAAUUCCUAGAAAGACACUUUGACACAGACAAGGAUGAGGUGGACUUUAUCAGUGCACCAUUUCGUAUGAACAAGAUUGAGCAGUUUGAAGAUUUCGAAAAUCCUACCAAGUUUUUCCGUCCAGCCCUGCGGUCUUACCUGUGCCAUCACAUUAUGAGGAACAUUGACAUCCGGGACAAACAAAAAGAUAAGGAAAAAGUGGAUAAAGAGAUAGAAAAAGAGAAGGAUCAUAAGACUCACCUGAUGGAUUUUGAGGAGAAUAUACAGGUGGUGGAAGACUGUAUUGCCGACUUCUGUGCCUGCUGCCCAUGCUACGGACGCAACACAGACAACCCAGAAAACAUUAUACUCUCAAAGAUGGGUCUCCCUUACCUUCUGAUGAAGGAAGUCUACACUGAUGCCUAUAUUCUUCAUGAAGACUCCAAACUGAGCAAGGUCAAUGAGGUCAAAAAUGAGGACAUUCCUGAGCGCAAAGAUGAUAUGAAGGAUGAUCUUGUUGAGGACCCCCGUAAAAAGUUAGAUGAAACCUGGUGCUCCUUCUGGAAAUGGCAGCCAACUUGGAAGAUACGCAACUACUAUGGCGAGAAGAUUGCCUUCUAUUUUGCCUGGAUUGGACUGCUGAUGACGUCACUAUGGUUUCCUAUGUUCUUUGGAAUGGCAUGUUUUGGAUAUGGGUUGUCACUAAGUUUAGAAAGGCAAGCUAACCAGCCAGCUUUAAAUGAAAGUCUCCCGGCCCAAGAUCUAAUCAAACUAAGAGUGGGUCAGUUGUAUGAUGCUAUCAGUGGUUCGUUUGACAACAACGUAACUCCAUUCUUCGCACUCGUCAUAUGCCUGUGGGGUACAAUAUUUCUGGAGUUCUGGAAACGGCACAAUGCACGGCUAGCGUAUGAGUGGGACGUUGAUCAGUUUGAAAUGAACGAACCAGACCGGCCAGAGUUCUUCGGAACAAAAUUGAAAAAGGAUCCAGUAACACAAGAGGCCAACUGGUUUUAUCCAUUCAAGCGGCAACUUAUCAAGUUUACCAUUUCAGCUUCAGCACUUCUGUUUAUGAUAAUGCUGGUGUUUGUGAGCCUAGCAGCAGUGGUUGUUUAUCGAGUGAUCAUCAGUGUGGACUACUGUAGCGGAAUGUCAGCCAUUUCCUGUCUCUUGACCAGCUCCCUGUUGUCUGCUGUCCUCAAUGCCAUCUCCAUCAUCAUACUCGGCAAGGUAUAUGAUUGGGUGGCUAUGCAGUUGACAUUGUGGGAAAACCACCGCACACAAACCCAGUUUGACGAUGCCCUCAUCAUAAAGUUGUUUGCUUUCUCAUUUGCAAAUAGUUACUCAUCAUGUUUCUACAUUGCAUUUGUACGAGGGAGAAUUGAUGGUGGAGUAUUUGGGCUGGGCCCAGAGUACAAUGACGCAUGUGAGGGUGAGUCAGCAAGCUGUAUGUCCCAGCUAUCGUUCCAGGUUCUUGUUCUGAUGCUUGCGAAACCCAUCCCUCGCUUCCUCAUAGACAUUGUACUCCCAUUUGUCAAAAGAUUGUGGCGAAAAUGGCGCUGCUGUAGAAAUCAGGUGAAAGAUAAUGUUGAAAUUACUCGAACUCAAGCCUUCCUGUACAAGGAACGGUUCAAGCCGGCAAUUGCUGAUUUCACACUUACGGAAUAUACCGAGAAAGUGAUCAUCUAUGGAUUUCUUUGUUUAUUUGCUGCAGCAUUUCCCCUUGCUCCACUGGUGGCGUUACUUGUAUUAUUCAUUGACAAGUAUAUCGACGCCAAACGUCUUCUCUGGCUCAAUAGAAGACCUGUUGCAUUCAUUGCUCAAGAUAUUGGUAUGUGGUACAGCAUUUUGAACUUUGUCAACCUGGUCAGCGUGAUAUCCAAUGGUUUUCUUAUCGCGUUUGGCUCAAGUUGGGGGCUCAGUUACAGUCCAUACACUCGCCUCUGGAUUGUUAUUGGCUUUGAGCACAUAGUGUUUGCGCUCAAGUUUUUCCUAGCCUACCUCAUUCCUGAUGUGCCAAAAGAUGUCCGCCUGGCUAUCCGCAGGGAGAAAUACCAAGUAGCAAAGCUGUUUGAGGACAAGGGUCGACCUAUGGACUACAGGGAGCUUAUCCCCUCUGUCCAGCCAGACAAGGUGCGGCCAGAUUCUGCCAACUAUGGUGACUUCCCGCCACAGUUUGAUGACCAUGACGAAACUCCUGCCAAACCAAACAAGAAAGGCUUUGUUGUAAUGAAAGCCAACGCAGUCAACUCUACCAACUUCGGUGAGUCUAAGCGUGAUGUUGACAAGCAAGGGAAGACGGAUCUCUUGCCAGUCUUGGAGGAAGAACCAGAUGUAACCAGUCCCACUCAGAAUGUAAAAACUUCAAAGUAUUGGUAUGAGCUUGAUGCCAUGCAAGAUACAUCUUCACCUAGUCCUAGAAUGGCAGACAGUCAUGGUUCAGUCAGUCUGCGAGGGGUUGAUCCAGAGGGGAGCCGGCUUCUAAACAAGUCUGGUUCCGAAGACAAACUCACACUAAUAGACAAUCAAAAGGAUAUCAAAGAGGAAACUGUUGACCUUGAGAAGAGUGUAAACUUCUUGGGUGACUGCCCGCCACCGCCACCACCAGCAGAUUACCAACAGGAUGGGGAUGACGACCAUGAAGAAAGUGAUAUCUCUACAAGACAGUUUCAAGGUGUUUUGGAUGGAGCAGUUAACCCUUACAAUGUUGUCCGUAGCGUAGAUAUCCAUCACCGUGGCAACAAAGCUCACUCCGAAACAAAGUGCUGAUUUUUUCCUUAGCAACGAAGCAAAAUCUCCUCAUCUUGAGUGGGAAAUUGUGAAAAUGUUUGUAACUUUUACAGUCAGUUGUUUACCAAAUCCACCUCUUUUAUAAUUAUGAUGUUCUGCUGUAUGAAUGAAAAAAUAUUUCAUGAAAUAAUGAUUGCACAAUAAUGUAAAGAAUGUCAUACCAUGUUCAUGUUCUCUUGUAUUUUAGUUUUUUAGCAUUUUAAGAAACAAUCAUGAGGUUAUUCACAAUUAUAAAAAUGUGUUGCUGCUUUAAUAUAUUUGUUCACUUGAUGGAAUAGUGAAUGCACACAAUCUGAGUUAUUGAAAUUAUAUAUCGAUGGCCUCACUUCCAAAUGUCAAAGCUACAAAAUUCCAUGUCUUCAGUUGCAACGUUUUAAGUAUUUAAUCUUGGUUAUUUGAUCACACAUUUUUUUUUACAAAAUGCCGAAGUUACAAUAUUUGUAGUUACAAUUUUUGAAGGUUCGGCAUUUUUGCUUCUCUGUGAGAUGUCCAAUCAUUGCUCGACAUUUUGAUCACAUGAUGCAACAUCAUUUUCUCAUUGAACUAUUUACUAGGCAUUUUGCAGUUAGAUGAGGCUUUCCUUUAUGAUUUUUGUGAUGUAAAUAUUCAGAAACAGAAAAAAUGCAGCUUCGGCAUUUUGAAUUGAGGCCAUCGUUAUGAGCAUUGAAGUGGUAUAUAUUUUAAAUCACAAGGGUAAUGGGUGAAUGUUUUGUACCACGUUGUCAAGGACAACACUCCAUCACAAGCGUGCAUAUAAGUGAAUAGUGUUUGAAUUUAUCUACAGGCUAGCUAUUGAAAGGUUUACCUCUGUAAAGUUGUUAGAGUUACCGUAUGGGACUUGAUGUAUAGACCAAAAAAUAUUAGAAAAAUCCCUACACCCGUAGUCCAAUUUUAAUUGUGGCACUGUGCAGGUGAAUAAAGUCACCAUUGUUUAUGAUAUCGUCAUGGUUUUUCAAAACAAAAUGUCAAGAAACUGUCAUAGAGCUCAUGGAGUCAAAUGUUUAUGACAAAAUCCUUACAAAAUAAUUAUAUUCACAUGAAACUUAGUACACAUGUUAUCAAUGAUUACAUGGUGUAUGUAUGUGUCUAGGAACAUAUAUUUUGUAUUUCAAGACUGAUCACUGUCAAAAUAACUGUUAUUCCGUUUGGUCGACUGUGAAACACUGGGAAGCAAUAGUGUCCAUGGAGUGCUCAUUUCAUGUACUGCUGACGUACAUUUACAUAAAUCAUAAAGUGUGAUUUUUAUAAAACGAAAUCCAUUUCGUUCCAUUUUAUAUUAUAAAAGAAUUAUAUACAUGCAAAUUAUUGGAGGAAUAUAAGAAUCUUUUCCAUAUAUACAUAUCACAGUAUGAUACAUAUAGUUUAUAUUUUUUAUAUUUUACUUUCUUUAAUCAUGAAAGAUUAUAAGUAUCUUCCAUGGCCGAGAGUGUAAGAUAGGUUCAUUCCAACCCGAGCGUAGGGUGUUUUGCGGAAACGAGGUUUACCGAGUUUCCGCAAAACACCCUGCACGAGGGUCGGGAUGAAUCUAUCUUAUACGAGCGGCUAUGGUAGAUGCUUUUUCUCCCACCUCAGUUAAAAAAAAAUAAGUAAAAAUGCAUUUUUUGCUGGAACUCUUUUUUGCUUAGUGAAAAUAAUUGUGUAUGGAUAUCCGAUAGCACGUGAUUGUCAUGGAUAUACGCGCAGUGAUCCAGUUAAUGUUAAUAGUCAAAUCGGUCUUUUUUAAAUAGUUCUAAGGAGAAUAUUGCAUUAUUUCUUGAAUGGUGCCUGAAAACUGUUUUAUGGUGACAUUUGAAGCGAGAAAUAAUUAAUUAGCGUUCUAAACAUAACCAUAAGACAAGAUUUCCUUGAUGCUACUGACGACAGUCUUCAAUAAGGGAGGUUAUUACAAUGUGGUAAAAGAAGUUCCAUACGGGCAUUUUAUCUUCGCUGUGGUCAAGAUAAGAAUAUCUAGCAUGGUUAAAUUAUUGGAUCUACUUAUCUGAGGUGGGAGAAAUAUUGAGUGCAUUAUAUAAUGAUAACAAGUUGGCUGGCCAAAUAAAUUUGUCAUUUUUAAACGUAUAUACUUAAAAAAACAAAUUUGCCCAAGUUUUCAAUAUUAUAAUUCUUGGUACUAAGAGACAUCCAAACAUGAAUGAUUUUAUCUAUGCUUGUGCAAGAAAAGUCUUUUGAACAAGAAUUAAAUGAAGCAAUUUACUAGGCUACAGAUGAUCAAUCAUUGGUGCCCUCAACUUGUCUAGUAUCCUCUCCUUAUGUGUAGACAUUUUGCUUGAUUCAUACAAUCGAUGCCACUAUUUGUUUAAUACGCAAUUUCUUUUAAUAUGUUAAAAAAAGGAAAACAUGAAACAAACGUGUGUAGUCAACUGCAUUAGCUACAAAAAGUGUUUUAAUCCACAUCAAACUUAACAUGGUGCAGUGAGGACAGCCCUUGAAAACCUAAGCAAAAGUUAAAUUUGAAAACAGUGAUUAACUUUUGGUAUUCAAUCUAAAAAAGUAUUUACCUGAUAUUAAGUUUUGAUACCUACAUAAAUGUUUCAAUCAUUGAUAUAAUUUUUUAGUUAUGACUGCUGAACAUGUAUUGCAAUUUUUGGUUAGGUAGUUCAAUCAACCUUUAACAAACCAAUUUGUUAUGCCCCUCUUCAAAGAAGACCUGGUAUAAUGCUUUGCACUCGCUGUUGGUCGCUAUGUUGAUAGGUGAGUACAUCAAAGCUUGUCCGAGUAACCAUUUGACAAUGCCUGGACCUAUGGUCCUCAAACUCGACUUGGUAGUUGGGUGUACCAGUAGAUGACCCCUAUUGAUUUUGAGGUCAUGAGUUGAAAGGUCAAGGUCACAGUGACCUUGAAUGCAAAAAGCUAGAUAAAUAGACGAUGCAUAGACUUAUGGUCCUUAAACAUGGAGGUUGGUUGUGACCAGUAGUCUCCUAAUGAUUUGGGGUCAUUAGGCCAAAAGCUUGUCAAGUGAUAACUCCACACUGCCUGGACCGGUGGUCCUCAAACUUGGCAUUAAGGUGGGCCUGACCAGUAGAUGACCCCUAUUGAUUUUGAGGUAAUGAAGCCAAAUCGGCUGGCAUUUCUGUCCAAGCAUAUUUUAUUCAAUUGUCAAAAUAUUCCUGACAACAUGGUACUCAGGGGGGCAAAAUGUUUGACAAACAACUCUCCAUUUAUAUGAAACAGAGCUAUUCUGUGGCACAUAACCAUAAAAAUUGUUUUUGAGUUAAAAUUCCAAUUUCAUUUUCAAUUGAGAAAUUAGGAUAAAAUUAUAUUCUAAGAGCAGUAUGACUGAAACUGAGCUAUUCAAUGUUUUCAUUUUAAACCGUUGUAUUAACAAUGUUUUGCAAUAAAUAAUCAGGUAUCUAAAACAAGUAAAUUAUUAUAUAAAUGACAUUUAUUUAUUUUGUUUGUAUUUAUUCUGUCCAUUUUUUGAGAUUUUUAAUACUAAGGUUGAUAUUAUGGUCUGUUACUAAGGUCCAGUGCCUAUCUUAAGGGUAUGACAUUCAUCUUCAUUAGUUUUUGUUGUAUACUCUAUAGAAAGAAGUAGUAUUAAAAUAGUUAUGUGUAAUUGUUCAGCUGUCCAUCUGUCAAUCCUUUCAUAAUUUUAAUGUUUUAAAACUCUUUAAACAAUAAAAGAGUAUGACUGUACACAUGUAUCUGUGAUCAUGCCACCAUAACUUUUAAGUUCUCUGUUUAUUCAUUUUAGUAUUGAGUGUUUAUUUAUAUGCACGAUUUCGAUAUGUAGUCAAAAGUAGUUUAAUACUGUUUCAAGUAUUUUAAAUUAUUCUUGUGAUAUGUUCAUGUUAAAUUGGUCAGAGUGAUGCCUUAAAAACUCAAGUAUCUAAGUAUUUUAUGCAUAACUGAUGACCUUACAUAUUUUAGCUCGACUAUUCGAAGAAUAGGUGGGCUAUACUACUCGCCCCAGCGUAGUGUCCGGUUAAAGUUUUAGGGCAAGUUGGGAUUUUCGCUUAUAAGUCUAAUACCCUACAUUCAAUUGACUUAAUACUUCAGGCAGUUGCCAUCACAUGAUGAGGUUAGAUAACUCCAUAUUAUUCUUUACACAGAUUAUGGCCACUGAUUGACUAUGGAACUUAGGUUAAAGUUUUAGGGCAAGUUGGAAUAUUUAUUAAUAACUUCUAUAUCCUUUGUUCAAUUGACUUAAUACUUCACACAGUUGUUCAGGACCAUCACACAAUGAGGUGCAUGACUCCAUAUUAUCCUUAAUACAAGUUAUGGCCCCUGAUUGACUUAGGUUAAAGUUUUAGGGCAGGUUAAAGGUUUAGGGCAAGUUGGGAUUUUCACUUAAAACUCCAAUACCAUUCAUUAAAUUGACUUAAUACUUCAUACAGAUGUUCAUAGCCAUCACAUAAUGAGGUUAGAUAACUCCAUAUUAUCUUUUAUACAAAUUAUGGCCCCUGAUUGACUAGGGCAGGUUGGGAUAUUGUUUAAUAACUUCUUUACCCUUCAUUCAAUUGACUUAAUACUUCACACAAUUGUUCAGGACCAUCACCCAAUGAGGUUACAUAACUCCAUAUCCUUAAUACAAGUUAUGGCCCCUGAUUGACUAAGGUUAAAGUUUUAGACAAGUAAAAGUUAAGGGCAAGUUGGGAUUUUAAUAAAAAAAACUUCUAUACCGUUCAUUGAAUGCACUUAAUAAAAUUCAAAAUUAUUUACGACCAUCUUACAAUAAGAAACAUAAUUCCGUUUUAAGCCUAAAUACAAAUUACGGCCCUUGAUUUUUUUUCUUUAAUUUUUUUUGAAAGGCAUAUUUGUAUAUAUUCUUAACCACAUUUUCUUGUUUAUUAUGAAUUUACUUUUAUGUCCAUUUUUCAUCAUUUUUUUCAUUUUUGAUAGGAGCAAUCAAUUUUCAUUUAUUUGUUAUUUAACAAUGCAAUCUGUGAUAUUAUUGUUUACAGUAGAGUUUACUUUAUUUAAUAAAAUGUAG